GUAAGAUCCGAGCCCUGCGAUGGAUUGGCGGCCGGUCCAGGGUGUAUUCCUACCUCCCGCCCAAUGCAUGCUGGAAUAGGCUCCAGUCCGCCGGCGAUCCUGACCAGGAAUAAGCGAGUUAGAUAAUGGAUGAAUGGAUGGAUGGAUAGAUGAAGGAUUAGACACAUUUAACUUUCUUAUCCAGUUCCGCAGUGUAACAGCAAAUACAACUCUGUCUGGAUUAAGAAUAAUGUAGUUCUCGAAACUGUACGUAAGUAUCGUGGAAAAAUUAUUUAUUUAUGUAUUUAUUUACUUACCACAUUCAUGGUAAGUAAAUAAACUUUGAUUUACGCACAGAAAUGUGCACUAUUGAGCGUCACAUACAGAACCAUUCAAAAUGUGUAAUCCCCGGGGAUUAUUUUACAUUUCUUUCAGGGUCAGCGUCAAUGACGAUUUGCAAGUUUUCAGUGAAUCUGGUGAAUAGUGAUGUUCCACAGGGAAGCCGUUUCGUAUCAUUAAUUAAUAAAACAAAUAAACAUUUUAUGAUUUAAGGCUAAAUGUUGUUCAGUAAGGUAUACGUACAUACGAAGAAAUAAAAAAAAUCUGGAUUUUAGCAGACAACACGCAGCAAGACUUCCUCAUCCUGUUUCACGCUUCCGAAAUUGUUUCAGCACUUCAGACGCCUGGACAGCGGAACGGACAGAGGAGUGAUAUUCUGCAGCAUCGCUACAAAUCAGCAGGCAUUAUUUCAAACCGAUGUUGAUAGAUGUUUUUCUCAUUUGCCAAAAAGAGUAAGCUUAUGAUUUCACUGCUGUUGAAAUAAGAUGGGUUAUGGCAGUACAUCCAUUGUGUUUUUGCUUUCAACAGCGAGUGGUGUGAGACAUGCAUUAGUGUUCAUAAGCCCCGCGGAGUGGUGCAUGUUGUUUUCUAAAGUCUUACUUUAGUAUAAAAAAUAAAAAAUAAAAAAUAAGAAGCAAAGAUUUGCUGUCCACCCACCGGAUUACCUCAUGUAACAGGUGGGGAUACACGAGUCCAAAUGUACGGAUUUAUUAACACGUGCUUGAAGUCUAUGGUUAUUGAAAAAUUCGGAGAGGAGACGUGGGAAAAACUCAGAACAGAGGCAGGGGUUCAGGACACCUUCAUGACAUUUGAGGUCUACGGAGAUGACAUCACCAUGCGACUGGUGGCAGAGGCUUGCAAGCUGCUGGAUGUCGAGCCAGAAGUGGUGCUAAGACAGUUUGGGGAAUACUUCUUUGAGUUCUGCAAACAAUCCGGGUACGACCACAUGCUGAGGACGCUGGGAGGGAACCUGUAUGAGUUUAUAGAGAACCUGGACGCAUUACACAGCUACCUCUCCCUGUCCUACAAGGAGAUGAACGCACCUUCGUUCCGUGUGGAGAAGAGCAGCGAUGGCAGCAUGGUCCUGCACUACUACUCUAUUCGACGCGGCCUCUGCCACAUCGUCCCCGGUAUUAUUGGGGCUGUUGCAAAAGACUUCUUCAGAAUCCAGAUAAAAAUGGAAAUUGUUAACCAAAUGGAAGAAGCAGGCUGGACAGGGAAGAAGGAACAUAUAGUGUUCCUCGUGACUCAGGAGCCAGUCUUUUCAAACAAGGCGCGCAGCAAUAGCAAAAACUCACAGACAAAGCCACGCAUGUCCAGUACUCCAGUCAAGGCAAAGCUCACAAACAAACAGGCAGGAGCAGAGUGUGCGGAGGGGAACGGGCUGACUGCAAGGUGUCCCGCACACAGGUGGCCCACGCGGAGCAGCCCCUGGGAGAUGGUGCGGGGAUUGGUCCAUCUGGGAAAGGGGAAACUCCUGAGGGGCUUUGAGCCUGUUUACCCAGAAGCCCUGUGCAUCGAUCUGAAGACAUUCUGCAACUCCUUCCCCUUCCACGUCGUCUUCGAUCAGGAACUGCGGGUCAGACAGGCAGGGGUGAACAUUCAGAAGAUCGUCCCGGGCCUGCAGACCAUGCGGAUCCGUCUGGACCAGUACUUCAGCAUCGUGCAGCCCGAGGUCCCCUUCACCAUCCCCAGCAUCCGCAUGUUCAUCAACAGCCAUUUUGUGCUGCGGACCCGCAGAGACACCAUGCCCCAGGACUGGAGAGACCGGCCCAUGCUGGAGCUGCGAGGGCAGAUGGUGUGGAUGGACACGCUGCAGUGCAUGCUGUACCAGGCCUCUCCUCUGCUGCGCAGCCUGCAGGAGCUGCAGGAGAGGCACAUGCACAUUUCAGACAUCGCCCCGCAUGAUGUCACGCGUGACCUCAUCCUGCUCAACCAGCAGCGGCUGGCUGAGAUGGAGCUGUCCAAUCAGCUGGAGCGCAAGAAGGAGGAGCUGCGGCACCUGUCCCAGCACCUGGAGCAGGAGAAGCAGAAGACCGAAACGCUGCUGUAUGCCAUGCUGCCCAAACACGUGGCCAACCAGCUGAAGGAGGGCAAGAGGGUGGAGGCAGGAGAGUUUAAGGAGUGCACUAUUCUCUUCAGUGAUGUGGUGACGUUCACCAACAUCUGCUCUGAAUGCGAGCCCAUCCAGAUUGUCUUCAUGCUCAACUCCAUGUACCUGAAGUUUGACCGACUCACCACUGUGCACAAUGUCUACAAGGUGGAGACCAUCGGCGACGCCUACAUGGUGGUGGGCGGAGUUCCCAUCCCUGUUGCCAGCCAUGCAGAGAGAGUGGCCAACUUCUCCCUGGGCAUGAUCAUCGCUGCACGGGAGGUCACCAACCCAAUAACAGGGCAGCCCAUACAGAUCCGGGUUGGAUUGCAUUCUGGGCCGGUGUUGGCAGGGGUUGUGGGGGAGAAGAUGCCGCGGUACUGUCUGUUUGGAGACACGGUGAACACGGCAUCCCGCAUGGAGAGCCAUGGCUUGCCCAAUAAGAUCCACCUCAGCCCCAGUGUCUACCAGGCUCUGAAAGAUAAGGGCUUCCGGCUGCAGGUUCGAGGGGAGAUUGAAGUGAAGGGGAAGGGGAAGAUGCUCACCUACUUCCUGGAAGGAAACCUGAGAGCCACAGAGGAGCAGAUCAUGGGCUGGUCUGGCAGGGAGCUGGACCCUGGGCCUGAGUCCGUCCGAUCGCCCCCCACUAAUAGUGCUCACAGGACCCUCUGCAAGCACAGGGCUCCAGCAGCCAUAGACUCUGCCCUGCCCAUGAAGUACGGAGACAGCCUGACGGGGACACACCCCACCAGCCUGCAGGCUGAACCCCAACAUCCUGCCCAGAGUCUGUACCCCACCAGCCUGCAGGCUGAACCCCAACAUCCUGCCCAGAGUCUGUACCCCACCAGCCUGCAGGCUGAACCCCAACAUCCUGCCCAGAGUCUGUACCCCACCAGCCAGCAGCCUGAGCCCCAACAUCCGACCCAGAGUCUGUCAGGUAAGACACGGGACUCAGAGAGCUACGGGAGUCUCCAUAGUGACGACCCAUCGGUGGAGAACCCGUCAGCGAUGAACCCGUCAGAGGAGAACCUUUCAGAGAAGAACCUGUCAGAGAAGAACCCAUCAGAGGAGAACCCGUCAGAGGAGAACCCAUCAGAGAAGAACCCAUCAGAGAAGAACCCGUCAGAGAAGAACCUGUCAGAGAAGAACCCAUCAGAGAAGAACCUGUCAGAGAAGAACCCGUCAGAGGAGAACCCAUCAGAGAAGAACCUGUCAGAGGAGAACCCAUCAGAGGAGAACCCCAGGCACCUGGAAGGAGGGACCCCUUCCCUAGCCAGAGCCAGAGAGCUGUCUGCUGCUGGAAACAAGCCCACCAGGACCAGGCUGUGUGUGCUGCUGUGAGCCACAAUGGAGAUGCCUGCCAGAGACCUGGAGGCUGAGGGUGUGCUGCUUUGCUUUUCAUCUUUUCCCUGUUUUUCAUUUAUCCGCCAUUAGCAUGUAUUGAUCCAGGGGCCAAUGUGAGUGUGUGGAUCCAUUGUCCAACGUGAGUGUGUGGAUCCAGGGUCCAACGUGAGUGUGUGGAUCCAGGGGCCAAUGUGAGUGUGUGGAUCCAGGGGUCAAUGUGAGUGUGUGGAUCCAGGGGCCAAUGGGAGUGUGUGGAUCCAGGGGCCAAUGGGAGUGUGUGGAUCCAGGGGCCAAUGGGAGUGUGUGGAUCCAGGAGCCAAUGGGAGUGUGAGGAUCCAGGGG